AUGGCGAUGGAUGGUGCGCUUAUUGACCCAAGAUCUGAGGAACUUCAAAAUGAGUUCGAGAUGGAGAUCAAACGUAUACAAGUGGGUGAUCGAGGUCCCGUAUACUUAGAGCCAAAAUUCAGAGAACUUGAUAUCACCGAUAGCUUUGAAGUCAGCAAUGCAAUAUGUGAACAGCUUGAAAAUGGAGUUCUUGCAUUUGUUGCGAUGUCAAAAGUUUGUGCCUUGUCAACGAUACAAUCGUACAGCGACACGUUCCAGGCACCGUUCAUAACACUGAGCAUGCCCCAAAAUACCACUUCCGAAGAUCCGUACCAGUUGUAUCUAAGGCCCCAUUAUAUCGACGGCCUGGUUGACGUCAUCGUUCUUUAUGGGUGGAAAGAAUUGUUAUAUAUAUAUGACACGGAUGAAGGUUUAGUCCGGCUACAGCAACUCUUCCAGGCUUUUAAUGUAAGAGAAUACGAGCUAAUUGACAUACAUGUGAAGCGAGUACGAGAUGGGAGGGAAUCGUACAGUCUACUGAGGGACAUGUACAGCAAAGUGAAGGAAACUGACCUUCGAAUUUUACUGGACAUUGCGACAAGUGAGGCCAGGACACUUAUACUGAAAGUCAGAAACGACAGAGAUAUGAUAAACAACAGAUUUCACUUUCUGCUAGCAGAUCUGGAUAUAAAUGAUAUGGGGGAUGACACUUUAAAAAGUGGGUUGAAUGUGACGGGAUUCCAACUGAACGCCACCGAAGAUGGACCAGCAAAGAACAUGGAUAGAGAAUUAUAUGCUGAAAUAAAAAACAAAAAUAUUACCCUUGAGAAGGCACUGGUACUGGACGCGGUCCGCUUGAUCCACAAAGCGACGAAAAAAUUAAAAUCCGAUCACCACGAAAAAAAACAAAAAGGGUUAAACUGCAGAGUUGGAGAUGCAACGGUACGCUGGGCACCAGGGAAAAGUUUCAUGAGCGCCUUAAGGAAUACAACAUAUAAUGGACUUACAGGAACCGUCCAGUUUGAUGACAGGGGGUUUAGGAAAAAGUUCAAACUUCCUCUGAUACAAACGACAAUGAACAUGGAGAAAGCCAAGGUUGGAGAAUUUACUCGUGAGGGAGGUCUUACUCAGCAUGAUCCAAAAGUGGUGCCUCCCCCAAAAGGACAGCCAUCCGAUCAAAACGAGACAAAAAUCGUAACUACAGUUUUGGAUCCUCCGUACGUGAUGAUAAAGAAGGAUGCACUGCAUGACCCUAAAGCGUACAUGUCACGUGAAAAAAGAUGUGGAAAACAUAAGUUUGAAGGAUUUUGUAUAGAUCUGGCAGAAAAAAUAGCAAACUAUGUCAAUAUUACCUAUGACAUAUGUUUGGUAAGUGAUUUCAAUUAUGGGACCAUGCUUAAAAACGGAACGUGGAAUGGAAUGGUAGGAGAGCUCACACGAAGGGAAGCCGACCUCGCUAUUGCACCAAUUACCAUUUCAUCAGCAAGAGAAAGAGUUGUAGAUUUCACGAAGCCUUUCAUGAGUCUUGGAAUCAGCAUUAUGAUCAAGAAACCAAGCAACGCCAAAGCCCAUGUUUUCUCGUUUAUGGACCCGUUAUCUUACGAGAUCUGGAUGUGUAUUUUAUUCGCAUAUGUUGGUGUGAGUGUCGUUCUAUUCCUCGUGAGUCGCUUUAGUCCAACGGAAUGGCACGUGGAAGAUGAUUCAAGUAUAACCAACGACUUUACUAUAUCAAAUAGUCUUUGGUAUUCUUUAGGAGCAUUUAUGCAGCAAGGAUGUGACAUAUCCCCAAAAGCAAUAUCAGGUAGAGUAGUCGGAAGCGUGUGGUGGUUUUUCACUCUCAUCAUCAUAUCGUCCUAUACUGCUAAUCUGGCUGCCUUCCUUACCGUAGAGCGGAUGAAUACUCCCAUAGAGUCUGCCGAGGACUUAGCUAAACAGACGAACAUACAGUACGGAGUGAUGAAUGCAGGCACAACAAAGGAUUUCUUCAAGUAUUCCAAAGUCGCAAUAUACGAGCGCAUGUGGGCAUACAUGACAUCUGCAAGUCCGAGUGUGUUUGUGAGUAACAAUUCUGCCGGUAUAGCCAAAGUAAGAAGAUCGAAUUCAAAAUAUGCCUUCUUAGUAGAAUCGACUAUGAAUGAAUAUACCAAUAUGAGAAAACCGUGCGAUACGAUGAAGGUGGGCACAAACUUGGAUUCCAAAGGUUAUGGUAUCGCUACACCAGUGGGGUCGUCUCUUCGAGAUAAACUUACGUUGGCCGUACUACACUUCCGGGAAUCCGGUCACCUUCAGCAGCUGAAAAAGAAAUGGUGGGAUGAUCGGUCGGAAUGUCCAUCCCCGGGAACAGCGUCUGAUGGUGGUCAGACAGCUCUAACUCUAAAUAAUGUCGCUGGAAUAUUCUACAUCCUCAUAUCAGGCUUGACACUGGCUAUUCUUAUAGCUGGCUGUGAAUUCAUUUACAAAUCUGUCGUUGAUUCUAAAAAGUCAAAGACAUCUUUUGGGUCAGUAUUACGAUGCAAGGCUCGUCUUUCGUUCCGAGGUUCUUUUGAUAAAGAGGCUUCGGAUGCUGGUGUUCCCAUCAGGAAAACCAUGUCUACGUAUACAUAUACCGGACCAACACAGCUGCCUGGGUUUGAUCCUUAUCCGGAUACAAACAACACUCACACCCAAGUGUGA